CCAAACACCAAAAUAAGAUUGUUUAAAAGGAAAAACACUUCAAUAAAGAAUGAAUUCUUAAACAAUCUGAUCCGUCAAAUUAUCCAUAAGAGAGAGACCUUUUCCUGCAUCAAAGUUUCCUUCUCUUUAGCAAUUGUUUCCUUCUCUUGGUUUAACUUUGAAGCUGUUUGUUCCGCUUAUAUCAAUUAUUACCUUGGUUUGAUUGACAAAUUUAAGCAAGUAAGGUUAUAAUGGCCAAAAUCAAUUUGAGUUUGCGAUUCUGGCAUGGUGGUCUGUUUAGGAAGACACAAGAUGCACUAGUUUAUGUGAAUGGGCGGAGUAAAUUUUUUGAAAUUGAUCCGGAUGAAUUAUGUUGGUUUUGGCUUGAGGAAUUGACAAAGAAAUGUGGGAGUUACAACGUCAUUGAUGAAAUAUUUUAUUUGGUUCCUGGACUGAGUUUGGAUAAAGGUUUGAGAAAAGUAUAUAAUGAUCAGGAGGUGCAACAGAUGACUGAAAUGACUGAAAUACUGCUGAAGGUUGGGCCCCUAGAUCUGUAUGUGCUCCAUGGCCUUGAUCAAGCUGAAUUGUUGCUGAUGUUACCACCAAAUGUAAACCAAGGUGGAGAAGGUGGUUCUAAUGUUGAAGAACCUGAAACAACUAGUGCAGCAGAUGAUAUUGAUGGCUGGGAAGCUGAAACUGAAGCAACAAGUGCUGAAACUGAAACUGAAGAUGAUGUUGAAGUGGAUGCUGAGUUAGAAGAUGAAGGGGAACCAGAGGACUUCUUUUCUGGUGGGGAUAACAAAGAUUUCUGUGAUGAAGAAUACUUGAUCGCAAAGAAUAGAGUUAAAGAAUGCAAGAACAAGCUGUUUGAAAUUGGAAAAGAAUAUGGUCAUGUAUAGAUCAAUGUAAUAGGUCACUACAUAGUAGUGACCAUGUAGUACUUAUUUUGUAAUAUGUAAUUACUUAUGAUGUGGUUGACUCUUAUGAGAUUUAUUUUGGAAUUAUGAUGUAUUGAUCUAGUUUUGGGUUACCCUGUUUUGAAAUUCAUUUUGGAAUGAUCAUUUAGUGAUUAUGUUAUGAAAAUUGGUAGACCCCGUUGUUU